AAAUGAGUUGCACAAUUGAGAAGGCCCUAGCGGAUGCAAAAGCGCUAGUGGAAAGACUGAGAGAACAUGACAAUGCAGCAGAAGCUUUGAUUGAACAAACUACAGCUCUCAACAAACGAGUAGAAGCCAUGAAGCAGUACCAGGAAGAAAUUCAAGAACUCAAUGAAGUAGCAAGACAUAGGCCCCGCUCUUCUUUGGUAUUGGGCAUCCAGCAGGAAAACAGGCAGAUAAGGGAACUUCAGCAAGAAAAUAAAGAGUUACGUACUUCAUUAGAAGAACAUCAGUCUGCCUUGGAGCUAAUAAUGAGCAAAUACAGAGAGCAGAUGUUCCGACUGCUCAUGGCCAGCAAAAAGGACGAUCCAGGUAUAAUAGUGAAGUUGAAAGAACAGCACUCUAAGGAGUUACAAGUACAUGUGGACCAAAUCACAGAAAUGGCAGCAGUAAUGCGCAAGGCCAUUGACAUUGAUGAACAGCAGGGUUGCAAAGAGCAGGAACGUAUUUUUCAGCUUGAGCAGGAAAAUAAAGGACUGAGAGAAAUUCUGCAGAUAACCAGAGAAUCAUUCCUGAAUCUUAAAGAAGAUGCAUCAGAAAGUACAUCUCUGUCUGCGUUAGUAACAAACAGCGACUUGAGUCUUCGAAAGAGCUGAAGAUCCUAUGGAGACUUUUACAGCCACUGCACAUAAAGCAUCAGGGUUCCCCUGUCAAGCUGCUGCGUCGACAAGUUAAUCCAUCCUAAAUCAAAUUAAUUUGAUACUUUUUAUACCAUGUACAGUACAUUAAAACAACUCAUUAAAAUUUGUCCAGUGUUAGUGUACAAUGUUAGUUAACUGCCAUAGGUGUAAACCCUAUUAAGGCAUUCAGGAUAAGGAGACUGACCAUCUGAAAAGAGCUUCUGCUACAUUGGAGACUCUAGGCAAUCUCAGACCCUGAAUAUGAGUUUCUGAUCACAUUUUUAAAAAAAAAAGCUACACAUGUAGAGAAAUGGUCUUUUUCAGACUGUUUAGAGUAGAGGGAGUGAAGUUGAGCUGCUCCCAUUCCUUUUUUGUCCCAGUCUGAAUGCCUGAAUAGGAUUGUAAUUUCAGUAGAAAUGGCUAAUAAUGGACCUAAACAGACAGGCCAAAAUUAAGCUGCUUCGGGUCACUUUGGAGGUAUGCUGUUUAAAUGACACAGGCAUCUUAAGAGGCCAGAAGCUGUGGCAAAGCUGUGGUGGACUGGAGCUUGGCUUUGGUGUGGCUUCCUGCCUCUUAGGACACAUGCAUCAUUUAAAUAGCAUACCUCCAAAGUAGCUGUAUUUUGGCCUGUCCAUUUGGGCCCAGUGUUACUGAAAGGUUUUUUUUUAUAUGCAGCCAUUCAGAACAUCAGAUAUAUUAAGUGAACUUUCUAGAUGUUCCAUCUCUGUCAUAUAGGUACGUACAGAUGUUUAUAACAGAAGUUGCCAUGAUCCAGGUCAUAUUUACUGUAUUGUUGACACAGAGUUUGAACGAUGAGGGAAACUGGUUUUGCCGUUUUAGCAGUGGAGCUGCCUUACCUAGCAGUCAUAGUCAACUGUAAUCACUGUCCAUCCUAAGCAGUUUACCUUUUAGAUGCAUUUUUAAAGGUACCAAUGAACUUGUAGACAAGGGAGCCUCCUUUUUAAGUAAUCUCUGGUGAUUACAAAUUGCCAACAAUGGAUACAAAAAGAAUUUAUCAAAAAUUUUAAAACAGGGAGAAGCUGGGCGUGUAAGAACUAUUAGGAAACAAACUUGCAUUUACCGAUCUACACUGAUCAUCCAAAAAAUAUGAAAGUUUUGCACCCCCAUGAAAGAACAGAUUUAAUGAUUAGCUUUAAAAUGCAAAGCUUAUUUUUUAACCUUUAAAUCAAUAUAAUAAACCACUCACCUACUUAUAAAUAAGCGAAUAAUUCAAUGAAGUUAAAGUUCUGAAUGCACUGUCUUGUAACAUGGCUAUCAUAUGCAUUGCACAAAGAAACACGUAAGAUUGCUGUUCUAAAAUAACAUGAAGCCAUCUGGCUUUGAGCCUGGAUGGAAUUGUGUAGUUUCCUAAUGUUACACAACGCGAGGUACACACAAACAUGCUCAGACACAGAACUUUGUGCUCUCUGGAAGCCACUUCCUCCAGAAUAAAAAGGGUGACUAUGUAUUCAUGGGACACUUUGAAUCCAGCACUGGAUAUAGAAGCUUCUUAUGUCCUGAAGGGCCCAUGUUUCAUUAUGUAAUAAUACUUUUUAAAAAGCACUUGAAGCCUCCAAAGACCUCAGGGUAGUCAAAUGUUCCUUCUCCAUUUUCAUCCUGAGAAGCCUGAAAGAUAGUAACUGGUUCCAGGUCACGAUUGAGUUUCAUGGUUCAAUAUGGACUUGAACCCGAGGGGGGAUCACCCUAGUUCUAGUAAUACACUGUAACCACUCUUCUAUGCUGGUUGUCUUAUACUGGCACUACUUAAUUUACAUAUGGCACAAGGCACAAGGCACCUGCACCUGAACAUAAAUGCUAAACCAUUUGAAUAAUUGGCAUGGCAUUCUGAUCUUUAAUAAUGGUCCUGGCUAGUUUAUGCCCCUGAAGCUCUGAUAGUAAAUAUAACUUUAAAAUAAAGUGUUCACAGUUUGAAUAUGUGGUCUAUUUCCUAAACGCCAUCUAUUUAAGAAUCUUAUUUUGUUCUGAUGUGUACAGUUAAUUGUUCUGGCAUAAAGAAUAUUGCUUAUUAUUGAACUAUUUGUUUUGUGCUCCAAUGGAAAGGAACUUGUACAUAACUUGUGCUUAAGGAUUUAUGACCUGAGUUUCCAGGACAAACAGUAGAUCAAUGGGAUGUCUGCCCCACAGUUUUGUAUAAUAUUCUUCUUCCCUUUGGACAAAAGUGGGAUUUCUCGAAGCUUCACCUUUUGUAAAUUAUAAAAUAUUUUUGUACAUAGUUUAACAAAAACUUAUUUUCUUUAUAUUUGGAGUGUAAAGUAGUUAACUAUACCUCAUGCAUUUGAUACAGCCCUGUCAAUGCAGAGUCUUCUCCAAAAGUCUUAUUUUGUAAAUGUGAAAUUUUGCAAGGUUCUUGAGUGAAUGUAGUUGUUCAUCAGUGUUCUUUGUGGAGAAAAGCCUGAUCAAUGUAGGUGUAUAGUAUUGUGACUAUUGAAUAGAAGUCUUUGGUUGUCUGGAUAUUACCUUUCUUGUCUAAAGCAGUCUAACUGAUGUUGACUUUGAAUAACUUUCCUUCUGUGUGGCAUGAUAAUUUUCUAUCACUCAUUAUUUUUGUAAUGCAGAUGCUUGAAAUGACUUCAUGGGUGAGAAUGCAUCCUGUACAGUAAACCUAUUUUUACCAGUAAA